AUGGCCGAGCACUCGACCUCCUCCGCCACCUCUCCGGCCACCAGCUCGGCCACCUUGCCGGGGGCUCUCUCCAGCUCGUCCACCGACGCCGGCACCACCGCCGGCACUUCUCCUCCCUUCAUCUUCGACACCACCCCCUCUUCCCAUACUGGCUCAUCCCCAUCGCUCGGCUCUCAGUUCGCCCCCUCUUCCCUCCCUCCACAGCGUCGUGCUCUCCUUCGCCGCCGCUCCCUCCCCCACCCCAUUUUCCGCGACAGCAUCCAGAACCACAUCAAGUUUCUUCUCAACCCCGACGAUCACAAAUAUCACAAGUGGAAGUCCUUCUUCCUCCUUGUUUUUAUCCUCUAUGGCGUCGCCCAGUUCAUCGAACAGCCCCUCCCCCCCAACGCCACCGCCUUCCAGCGCGAGCUCGACGCCCACCUUGUGCUUUGGAUCUACUCCACCCUCGCCGACAACCUCGUCGAUCACGUCGUCGGGGCUACCACCACCUACGAUCUCUCGCACCGCAUUCGCGACUACUUCCUGGCGAACCGCACGGCACGGUACAUGAUGUUGAACCGGCAAUACCACAACCUCAAGCAAGGAGAUCUCUCUGUCGCCGAGUAUGCCCGCCGCAUGAAGCUUCUCACCGCCGGGCUGGCUGACAUCGAGCACGCCGUCAUUGAGGUGGAUCUCACCACUCAGUUUCUUCACGGCAUCGACAAACGCCUCGACACCAUCCGCGUCGUGCUCGGGGACACGGUUCCUCUGCCGCUGUUCGAGACGGUGUUCUCUCGCCUGAAGCUCGCCGAGGAGAAUCUCGCCCAGCGCGUGGCUGAUGAGCCGGCCAUGAUUCUCGCCGUCACCGGGGGCGGCGGCCCCUCCAGCAGCUCUUCUGGAUCCGGCGGCUCCGGUCCUCGCCCCAUCGACCGCGCCGAUCGCUCCAAUGCUUGGGGCCCCGCCUCUCCGGCCGGCCAAGGCUCUGGCAACCGCGCUGAUGGUGGCGACCGCGGUGGACGCGGCCGUGGGCGCGGGCGCGGUGAUCACGGCGGUCGUGGCAACCCCCCGCCCAUGUCCUACAGUCCCUACAUGGGGUUCUCCGCGCCCUACGGGAUGGCACUCCCGAACCCGCGUCCUGGCUGGGUCCCUCCCAACGCCGCCGGCGUGCUCGGCCCGCGGCCCGGGUCCCAUGCGCAGGCGUAUCCGAUGCAGUUCUCCGGCUACCACGCGCCGACGCCGCCUCCACCACCCUCCUGGGAUCACCUCGCCAUGCUUCAGGCCGCCUACAGCGCCAACGGCAUCUCCAACAGCGGCUCCGCUCCGCACGAGUGGUACCUCGACAGCGGCGCCUCCUCCCACGUCACCGGCAACCCUAGUAACCUCGACCUUUCGAAUCCUUCUUUAAAGCCUCGUUUCACUAGUAUUGUUGUUGGCAAUGGCACACAUCUUCCCAUUGUAGCAACUGGCUCGGCCACCCUCCCCCCUCACAACUUCCAUCUACGAGACGUUCUCUUUUGUCCCCAUGUAGUCACUAGUCUCAUUUUCGUUCGCCAGUUCACCAAAGAUAACUUAUGCUCUAUUGAAUUUUUCCCUCUUAGCUUUGUUGUGAAGGAUCUUCGAACCAGGAGGGUAAUCAUGAUCUCCGCUAGCUCCGGCGACCUCUAUCCUUUCUUCGGUAAUAACAAGCCUUGGAGCACCGCCCUCUCCGCCACCACCUCCAAUGCUGACGUGUGGGAUCGCCGGCUUGGCCACCCCAGCCCUCAAGUUACUUCUACCUUAGUAGCCCAUGAUUUUUCUUCCCUCUUGUAA